ACGUGUAACGCUGUGACAACACGGAACUAUUCCGCUGUGUUUAUAUCCGGCUCGGCUGCUGCAUUCAAACCUCCACUGGAAAUCCUGCUAAUUUAAGCCUCAGCUGACCUGCGGCCUUAGUGCCGCUGAGCAAACUGCUGAUGACACUGGUGUGAUGUAAGGCGAAGCCCGCUCGGCCGCCAUGGCCAGUGUCACCUUAAGGUAUUUCUGUUACGGCUGCCUCGUCACCUCGGCGACCUGGUCCGUCCUCCUCUUCCUGUACUUCUCUCUGGGGGCGGAGCCAGGCCGUGGCAGGACCCCUAUGCAGCACCGCAGCCAGCCAAUCACCAAACUACCCGUUAACCGGAAGUCGGGGCUUCGGCCUAUGCUGGCCAAUCAGGGAGGGGAGCUGUCGCCAGAGAUGGGAAUGAUAUUCAACGAAGCGGAUCAGGAAGUGAGGGACAGCGGUUAUCACAGACACGCCUUCAACGUUCUCAUCUCCACCAGACUAGGAAACCACAGAGAGCUGCCGGACACCAGAGACUCCCAAUGUCGGGAUAAGGUUUACUCUCUGGCUCUACCUUCUGCCAGCGUAGUGAUCUGUUUCUUCAACGAGGCGUUCUCCGCCCUGCUGAGAACGGUCCACAGCGUGCUGGACCGGACGCCAGCUUACCUGCUGCAUGAGAUCAUCCUGGUGGACGACCACAGUGAGCUAGAGGAGCUGAAGGACAACUUGGAUCGGUACAUCAAGAAGGAGCUGCAAGGGAAAGUGAAGCUGGUGAGGAACCGGAAGAGAGAAGGACUCAUAAGGGGACGCAUGAUAGGGGCCUCACAUGCAGCUGGGGAGGUGCUGGUCUUCCUGGACAGCCACUGCGAGGUGAACCAGGCGUGGCUUCAGCCUCUGCUGGCCCCCAUCCAGAAGGACCGGCGCACCGUAGUCUGCCCGGUCAUCGACAUCAUCUCCGCCGACACGCUGUCCUACUCUCCCUCCCCCAUCGUUAGGGGGGGUUUCAACUGGGGGCUGCACUUCAAGUGGGACCCGGUCCCCCCUGCUGAGCUCAACAGCCCCGAGGGAGCCACUGGACCCAUCAGGUCUCCCACCAUGGCAGGUGGUCUAUUCGCGAUGAACAGGAAGUAUUUUAACGAACUCGGCCAAUACGACGCUGGCAUGGACAUCUGGGGUGGAGAAAACCUCGAGAUCUCCUUCAGGAUCUGGAUGUGCGGGGGGCAGCUGCUCAUAAUCCCCUGCUCCAGAGUGGGUCAUAUCUUCAGGAAGAGGCGACCCUACGGCUCGCCGGGGGGACAGGACACCAUGGCCCACAAUUCUCUGCGGCUAGCGCACGUAUGGAUGGAUGAGUACAAGGAGCAGUAUCUGUCCCUGCGUCCAGAGCUACACGAACGCGCCUACGGAGACGUCAGUGAGCGCGUGGCACUGAGGAAACGCCUGCAGUGUCACACCUUCCGCUGGUACCUGGACACGGUCUACCCUGAGAUGCAGACUGUGGCCAACGGCAACAAGCAGCCGCCACUCUUCAUCAACAAGGGCCUGAGACGCCCCACAGUGCUGCAGAGAGGACGGCUCCGUAACCUAGCAACCGGGCGUUGUCUGAUGGCCCAGGGCCGAGCCAGCCAGAAGGGGGGAGUCGUUGUCCUGCGACCAUGUGACCCCCGAGAUCCUGAACAGGAGUGGGCCUACGACGAGGAGAGUCAGCUGGUCCUGGCUGGUCUACUGUGCCUUGAUGUGUCCGAGGUCAGGACCUUUGACCCCCCUAGACUAAUGAAGUGUCACGGUUCGGGGGGUUCGCAGCAGUGGAGCCAAGGGAAGUCCAACCGUCUUUACCAGGUCUCGGUUGGUCAGUGUCUCUCCGUUGCUCAGCCAAUCGGGCCCAAAGGUUACGUCUCCAUGGCGAUAUGUGACGCCUCUCAGGCCCAGCAGUGGCAGCUGGAGGUUUGAGGAGGACGAAGCUCAGAGGCAAUCAGGUUUUAUGGACACUUUAAGGUGUCCGUCUUCACUUUUCAAAUCAGCUUUUAUGAACCAUCAGAUUUUAUUUAGUAUUCAAGUUUCUCUAUUUUUAAUCGGACAAGUUCCAACUAAGACUUGAAAAACAUCUGGCCUGGAACAUCCUGGAAUACCCUGGAAUACUCUGGAUUAGGAGUUUUUAUUUCAGUGUGGACCGAAAGAAGAUUUUAACAUCCUGCAAUGAACUUUGUGGACUGUGAGAGAAAAGAGACUCCACACUGUAGACAGUAAGGACAAUAGAGACGUUAGAGACUGGACGAAACAGACUGUAAAGAAUAUGAACAAAACCCUUUUAAAGUAGGAUUACUUCAAUCAGUAUUAGAUUAUUUUUAAAGCAAUAGAUUACUUUGUAGGUUUUAGAAACCUUUGUGUUUAUUCAUAUUUAUAUACAAAAAAGGCAAUAAAAACGGUAGAGACAAGUCUCAGAUUUAUUGGUGUACCUGAAUAAAGACGUGUUGAUUGA